AUGCGUGCAUUUAUUAUUUUUUGCUUGCUGUUCGGUGCAGCGAUUGCAGUACCAUUGGAAAUUACAACUGGCAAAUAUUGCUUAUUGUGCAGACAAAUCAUAAACGGUCUUGAAGAAUUUACUAAAAUGAGUAAAGAGACGAUUGAAGAGAUAAUUCUCUAUCGAUGCCAACAACGCGAAAAUAAUUCGUUAGUCUGCAAAUUUUUGGUUGAAGCACUUGAUAAAAUCAUCGAAUUUAUCGAAAAUAAUGUGAAACCAAGAGAAGCUUGUGUCAGAUUAAGAAUGUGUCCUAAACAGUGA